UUUGUAGUACAUGUUUUUUUUUCCCGUUCCUCCAAACUGCUCAUCGGUCAUCAGUGCAGUAUUCGCUCUCGUGACGCGCGUAUCAGACGUCUGUGGUGUGCGUGUCCCGUGUCGUCCCGUGUGUUUGUGUGUGCUGCGUUUUGUCGUUGGGUUUUUUUUUUUUUUUUCAUCAUAUUUUACACAUUUUUUCGUGCGUCGCCGUGUGUAAAACCAAACCAUGACGUCCGUCGUCGUCAGCGUCUCGACGCGUUUCUGACACGGUCGUCCCGUCCCGUUGGCAAACCGCGUCCAACCGUACGACGAGCCCCGACCGAGCCGCGUACCGAGUGCCCACUGCCCAGUUCGUCAUGUCGGGCCCGUACGGCACCAUAAUGGACGAGAUGGGCGGCUUCACGGAAGUGCCAAUAUCGUACCGUCACAUCUCGCGUUUCCAACCGUAUCGGGUGCAGCCGUACCAAGCGCACGUACCGCCGCCGUCCGGCCGCAAGGUCAAGUCGGCCGCGACGGCGGUGGAACGACGGACGGUGGCCGGCGGCUGCCAGUACGACGACAGCCGACCCACGCUCGUGCACAGGCUGUACCCCGAAAUACUGGCGCUGAUCUUUAGCUACCUGGACGUGCCGGACAAGGGCCGGGCGGCGCAAGUGUGCACCGCGUGGCGGGAGGCCGCGUGGUACAAGUCCGUGUGGCGCGGCGUCGAGGCCAAGAUCGACAUGUGCCGGUCGUCGUACCCGAUGUACGACAGCCUCAAGCAGCGCGGCAUCAAGCGCAUCCAAGUGCUGUCCGUGUCCAGGUACAAGUGCUUGCGCGAAAUCGUCCAGAACGUGCCCAACCUGGUGUCGUUGAACAUGAGCGGCUGUUACCACAUUAAGGACGACGACCUGCACCAGAUGUUCCUGGAGCACCAUCCCAACGUCACCGAACUGAACCUGUCACUGUGCAAGCAGCUCACCGACAGCGGCCUCAUCCGCAUAGCCGACACGCUGCGGGGCCUCACCCGACUGGAGAUCCAAGGAUGCUCGUACAUCACCAACAAAGGGUUCUCCCACAUAGCUAGGAAGUUAAAGAAACUCAAGUAUCUCAACCUGAGGUCGUGUUGGCACCUGUCCGACGUGGGCCUGUCGCACAUCAGCGGCGCCAGCAAAGACACGACCGACGGCAAUUCGCAACUUGAGUUCCUCGGACUACAAGACUGCCAGCACAUAACCGACGAAGGACUCAAGUAUGUGUCUGAAGGCUUGCGUUCCCUGCGUAGCCUCAACCUUAGUUUCUGUGUUAACAUCACCGACACCGGUCUCAAUUACGUGUCGCGUAUGAACACCCUCGACGAGCUUAACCUGAGUGCCUGCGACAACAUAUCCGACAUCGGUAUUGGGUAUCUGUCGGAAGGCUGCACCAAACUGGGCAGUUUGAAUGUGUCGUUUUGCGACAAAAUCGGCGACCAGGCGUUGCUGCACGUGUCGCACGGUCUGUUCGGCCUGCACACGCUGUCGCUAGGCUCGUGUCAGAUAUCCGACGAUGGCAUGCUGUACAUAUCGAAAUCACUCAAGAACUUGGAAGUGCUCAACAUUGGCCAGUGUAACUCGGUCACCGACAAGGGCCUGGAACACCUGGCUGACUCGUGCAAACUGUUGCGGUCCAUCGACCUGUACGGAUGCACAAAGAUCACCAAAGAAGCCAAAGAGAAAAUAUUGAAAAUGCCAAAUAUCCGGAGAGACACGGUCAACGAAGACUUGUGGCAGCUCAGAUGACCUGAGGGAUAAUAUUAUUUGUUUUCUAAUAUUUUGAUAUGUGAUAUAUUUUUAUUUUAGGUAAGUUAGUAGUAACGUAAUGAUAUUAUGUUUUGUUGAGCAUACUGGGUUACGCCAUCAUUUCCGACUAAAUUUUUAUUAUUACCUAUUAUUAAUUAAUAAUAAUCGAUUUAUAAUUUUUGACACAUUUCCCAAUUUUAUGUUAUUUUCAAUAUGCAACGCGUCGAGUUGUACACUUACCGUUCUUCUAUCUUAUCACAACGAUGUAACAACUUAUAUUUUAUGCAUAAUAAUUACAUAAUCAUUCCUGACUUUGACGACAAUGUUUAUGUGCAAAGGUAACGCAUACUCUGCCGUCAUACUUUCCCAUGGUCGAGAUUUUUUUUUGUAUUUUUUAACUUCUUUUUAUCACAUAGGUAGCUAAUUCAACAAUUUUUUCUUUCUCCCAUGUUAGUUAUUGGUAUUUUUAUUUCAUAUCUCUCGUCGUUUAGUAUCGCUAAAUCAACAAAGGACCUUUUGCAAUUAUUAUUAUUAUUAUUAUUAUACCCACGCCUAAUUUUCGUUUAGGCUUGUCGAUUGUUUUUUUUUUUUUCAUCUAUAUUAUUCUUAUUAAGUUUGACUAGCUUAUUAUUAUUAUUAUUAUUAUUGUAAUUUUUUUCUACCUAAAUUGUCGGUUCAGAAACAUAAUUUAGUUUCAGUCCUAAUCCGGAAAAAAUUAUAUUUUACAUUUUUAGAAAGCCAUCAUUGUGAUAAUUUUUUUUUUAAAAAUGCUCAUAUCUAGGUAAUAAUAUUAUAUUUAGUAGCAAGCUACUGUUUUUAUUUUUAUUAUUAUUGUUUUUUUUUUUUUAAAUAAGCUCAACAAUGAUCAGACAAUCUAAGCGUAAUAAUUAUUAAUUACCUUUGACCGUACUUAUUUUUAACAAUAUUUAAGUUUUUACCAAUACAAUACAAUAUUGUUUGGGUCUCUUCUUUAACCGCACGUCCACUGUAACAUGAUAUUUUGUUGAAUACCUACAUGCUUUUUUAUCAUUAUUAUUAUUAUUAUUGUUUGUACAAAAAAAUAAUGUUAAAAAAAAAUCGAUAUUAAACAAAAAUUUAAUAUUAAGACAUGUUUUUUUUUUUUUUUAUUAUUAUUUGUUGCAUAAACAUUUAGACUAAACGUUUUUUUGCUCAAUAUGUCAAACCACAAACGGAUUGGUUUUAUUAUUAUUAUUAUUAUUAUUAUUUUAACGAUUAUAUUAUUAUUAUUUUUUGAAUUGUGACCAAGUAUCGCGAAAUUAUAUAAUAUAUAUUAUAUAAAAAUAUAGGUGAAAAAAAAGAAAUUACGACAUAAUUUUGCGAGCCUUGACAUUAUUCCUAGUUACCAUUGCUAGGUGACCUAGAUGGAAGUCGAAUAAAAAAUAUGAAAUUACUAUAGACCUUACGAUUGUCUUUGGAAAAAAAAAAAGUUGUAUAUAAAAUAUUUUUGUUAAAAAUUUAUAUAUAUUUAAGAACAAAAAUUAUACCUAUUAAC